AUGGAGCCCUGCUCUCUUGUUCCUCACGCAAUCCUCCGUCACUACAAGAUCCCCUUCAUCGCAAUUGAACUAAAGUUCGGACCUGACGGACUCGAGGCAGUUGAUGGAAGCUCCAGCAAUGCUCAACAUCGAUCCAUUCACCCCAGAGGAUAUGUACCCGCCCUGCUUGUUGACAAAGAAGUCAUCACCGAGAUGCCGGCCGUUCUGAGCUUUAUAUCUUCACUUAUUCCAGAAGAGAACCUAUUUGGUAUAGGUCCCGCUCAACAAGCUAAGAUUUUGGAGUGGCUUGUCUUUCUGUCUGGUACGCUGCACGGCCUUGGAUAUGGAGCUUGGCUGCGUCCUGGGAGAUUCAGUGAUGACGUUACUGCCCAUGAUAAGAUUCGUGCGAACGGAAGGGAGAUUAUACAUGAGUCUUUCAAGAGGAUAGACGAGGGGCUGAAGAAUCAGGAGUUCAUUAUUGGAAAUGCUUUGACUGUCGUGGACUUUAAUGUUUACAUCUUUGCUCGAUGGGCGCAUGAGGUUGGGAUUGAUCUUGAAAAAGAGUAUAGUCAUUACUAUGAGCAUGUUAGGAAGAUUGAGAGGAUGGAUGGCGUUAGAGGAGUUGUUGAAACUGAGGGACUUAAAUUUUUAUUUCCUUAG